AUUUCUUCAUUGAUGUUCUUGGUUGGCCUACAAAUCGGCCUAACUAUUUGAUUAAAAUAAACCCAUAUGCUUUGAAGUUGAUUUGGGAGUCUCGGAUUUUGCUGUUACAGGAAAUUAACUUCGGCCGUCAUGUCGCUAAUUGGGUCUACAGCUGUAAUUGCCGAAGCUUCCCUUGGUGUUAUGUUUGUUUUUGUGUCAUUGCCAACUUUGCCUCAGGUGGGCUCACUGCAAAUCUUGGCAUCGAUUGCGUUUUAAGCAUUUCAUCACUGCGAAUCUAAGGAUCUAUCUUCUGCUGAAUAGUUUCAAGCAAAGGCUAUGCGAACGAGGAGAGGAAAACGCUCCGAGGCUUUUUGGCCUUCCAUCGUGAUGAAGAAAUGGUUGAAUAUCAAGCCCAAGGUGUAUGAUUUUAGCGAGGAUGAAGUUGAUACUGAAACUGAGAGCGAAGAUGAUGGUGUGUGUCACAGGAUCAUUGCUCUAGGGGCCAAGCCAACAGUAGCAUUUUGCUCUCUCAAGAAUGAAAGAACGCAUAAUCAAGAGGAUCGUACUUGUAGGACACAAAGGAACUUGUCUACAUGUUCAAGUCGAAUUUCUGACGUUCCUAGUGGUUACCAGUCAAGACACAGGCGAGGGAAAUCUGAAACUCUUCGAGUUCAGUACAUAAACACAAAAGAUCUAAGGGUAACAAUAGCUACAUGGAAUGUUGCAGGAAGAAUUCCAAAUGAAGACCUUGAGAUAAGUGAGUGGCUAUGUACAGAAGAACCAGGAGAUAUUUAUAUUAUAGGUUUCCAAGAAGUUGUCCCUUUAAAUGCGGGGAAUGUGCUAGGAGCAGAGGAUAACAAACCAAUUCCUAAAUGGGAGGCAAUCAUUCGAAGAACUCUGAACAAGUCUUCUAAACCUGAGAACAAACAGAAGAGCUAUAGCGCCCCACCCUCUCCUGUAUUGAGGACUUCAUCUGUAGCUGAUAUACUUGCAGAUGAGGUUAAUGAUGAACAGUUAAUACUAAUAGACGAUGAAUUUUCUGGGAAUGGUUGUUUUGAAUUGGAUCAGCAUCCCCUUAACAAAUUAAACCUCGUGAACUCAAAUUUGCGGUUAAGUAGAAUCUAUGGCAUUGACUGUGACCAAAGAUUAGACUGGCCUGAACAUUCAUUAGAUGCAACCCCUCAAGUUGUCUCUUCUAAUUCAAAAUUGCGGAGAGUAGUUAGCAGUUCUGCUAGAAUUGGCUUCCAGUGCUUGGAGAAUCCUCUAAUAUUCCCUCCGCAGAGUUUUUCUAUAAACGGAAAUGGGUUGAAAAGGACAUUCUGUAGUUCUGGAAAUUUGAUAUCAGCCUGGAAGGCGCCACAAGACACUUCAGAAAUCCUGGACUCCCUUUCUGAUGUAUCUGACAUUUCUGUUGAAGAAGAAGAUAUUUUCCCAGAAGAACUUAUAGAACAAGAAGUUAAUGAGGAUCCAACAGAGAGCACUAAAGCUUAUCCGAAAUAUGUGAGAAUUGUCAGCAAGCAGAUGGUAGGAAUAUAUGUGUCGGUUUGGGUGCGUAAGAGAUUAAGGAGACAUGUUAACAAUUUGAAAGUUUCUCCAGUUGGAGUUGGUCUUAUGGGCUACAUGGGAAACAAGGGGUCUGUUUCUGUCAGCAUGUCUCUUUAUCAGUCGCGGUUAUGCUUUGUUUGUUCUCAUUUGACCUCUGGUCAGAAGGAUGGAGCAGAACACAAGCGUAAUGCAGAUGUGAACGAAAUCAUAAGACGAACAUGUUUUUCAUCCGUGUUUGAUUCAGGACAGCCACAGACAAUACCAUCACAUGAUCAAAUAUUCUGGUUUGGUGAUUUGAAUUAUCGCAUGAAUGCAUCGGACUCGGAUGUAAGGAAGCUUGUUGCUCAAAAAAAGUGGGAGGAACUCAGCAACUAUGAUCAGCUUAUCAGAGAAUUGCGCACGGGGCAUGUCUUCGAUGGAUGGAAAGAAGGGAUAUUAGAUUUCCCACCAACUUAUAAAUAUGAAUUCAACUCGGAUAGAUACGUCGGCGAAAUUCCAAAAGAAGGAGAGAAGAGAAGGUCUCCAGCGUGGUGUGAUCGGAUAUUAUGGCUGGGAAAAGGCAUUAAACAAAUGUGUUAUAAGAAUGCAGAUAUAAGGCUUUCAGAUCAUAGGCCAGUGAGUUCAAUUUUCCAAGUUGAAGUUGAAGUGUUGGAUCAUAGGAAAUUGCAAAGAGCUCUGAACUACACAAAUACAGCUGCUAUUCAUCCUGAGAUUUUUGCUGAUGAAAAUGGGGAGUAUGAUUUAGACUUCUAGCCUACCCAAUUAUAUUCAUAAGGUUAUAAUGAUGGAAGAUGUUUGUUCCCCUUCCUUACAUAUUCACAUGGAAAAUGUAGUAAAAAGUUGGAAAUAUAGUAAGAAACUUUGAUCACUUUUAAUGA